GCCUAAAAAUAAAAAGCCAUCUUCGGGUCUUUUUCCUGACCAGCUUACCUUCCCUUUCUCUCUCUAUCUCAAAUAACAUAUACAGAUAUGCCUGGCUAAGUAAAAGCUAGGCUUAUACAAAGAAAGAAAGAUAAAAAACUAAGGGCUGAGAGGGUGAGUUUGAAGGGAUUCUUAGAAAUCCGUGUAGGCUUCGGAAACCAUUCAACUCGCCGGAAAAUAGAAAUAUUUUCCAAAGAAGCAAGGGUUUUACAAAAUGGGAAGAGGAAAGAUUGAGAUCAAGAGGAUCGAGAACAACACCAAUCGGCAGGUCACAUUCUGCAAGCGGAGGAAUGGACUACUAAAGAAAGCCUAUGAACUUUCUGUCCUCUGUGACGCUGAAGUUGCACUGAUUGUUUUCUCUAGCCGUGGACGGGUCUAUGAGUAUGCCAACAAUUGCAUUAGGACAACUAUAGACAGAUACAAGAAAUCAACUUCAGACAGUGCAAAUGCAUACACUACUCAGGAGAUUAACGCUCAGUUCUACCAACAAGAGUCGAAGAAGCUGCGCCAGCAAAUACAGAUGCUUCAGAGCUCCAACAGACAUCUCAUGGGUGAGGGGUUGGGGUCUUUGAAUGUGAAGGAGUUAAAGCAGCUGGAAAGCAGGCUCGAACGAGGCAUAACUAGAAUCAGAUCCAAGAAGCAUGAACUGAUACUUGCUGAAACCGAGCAUUUGCAGAAGAGGGUAUUCUCUUAAACUGAUACAUAAUUUG